UAAAAUCCAAGUUAUUUUGAACCUUGGAAUCAUCUCAUCCUCUCGAGUAUUAUUCAUGAAUUACCCUUGGAACCAUAUGUAAAUCUUUGGUGAAGUCAGAAAAACCUUUGCUGCUAAAUGCUAUAUUCCUUAAGUUUUUUUUAAACCCAAAUUACUCUGUUAUAGUAAGCAUAAUAAAACAUUGGAUGGGUGGUAAUUUAUUCACCUGAGAAAUGAAUCAAAGAGUUGCCCUAGGUUGUAAUGUUUCUUUGUCGGUGUAUGUUUAAUUUCUGAAAAUUUGUUCAAAAUUUUCAGAUAAUUUGAGUAUCUAUAUCCGAGUCUCAUGCUCCACUCUGAAUCAGUAAAUUUGCCAUUCUGUACUAAUGUCACUCUGGUUGUUAUGGAUACUGUUUGGAACGGCUGUAGUUACUACUUAGUCCGAUUAUAGAGUAUUAUUUUGCCCUAUGUUGUUUAACAGAGCUAAACAGAAUGACAGCCAUCAUCUUAGGAAAAUACAAGUCGUCUGUCAUGGUCCGGGGAGCUGUGAAUCUGCUAGAAUUUGACUGAAUAUGGUGGUGCGGGCAGCAAUAAGGCUGCUCUUCACUCUCAUCGUUGUUGGAAUUUGUAUGAUGUGGAUCAUGGUACCAACAAGCACUUACAGGCAAAAAUGGAGGACAAGAAUCUCCGAAAAGGUCGUUUCGACAUAUUUUGGAACACAAGGUUCCAAUAUGCUGAUUUGGACUUUCCCUGUCCUCUUCGUUGCUACUUUGGGCUCUUUGUACCUUCACUUGGGAAAGAACUUGAAUGAAAAUGUUUUACAAAGCAAUGACAAAACACAUCGGCUGGCGUUAUGGAAGAUGCCCAUGUUGGUGAAAGGUCCUCUUGGGAUUGUUUCAAGGAUAGAGUUAGCCUUCUUGACCACGUUUAUUGCACUCCUGAUUUGGUCACUCGGAACUUAUUUACACAACGGGUUACCUACCAUUACUCCAAAAGUAGCAGCAAAAAAUGGAGUCGAAGUAUGGCAAGCAAAGUUAAACGAUGUGGCUUUGUGGAUAGGCUUUGUUGGGAACAUAUGCCUAGCGUUUCUGUUCUACCCUGUGGCUCGUGGCUCAUCGGUGCUGCCACUGUUGGGUUUAACCUCGGAGGGCAGCAUCAAGUACCACAUAUGGCUCGGCCACAUGACCAUGGUUCUUUUCACAAGUCAUGGAAUUUGCUACAUCAUUUAUUGGGCUGUUACAGGCCACAUAUCUGAGAUGAUAAAAUGGAGUUAUUCAGAUAUUUCGAAUGUAGCUGGAGAGAUAUCAUUGCUGGGUGGCUUAGUCUUGUGGGCAGCAACCUUUCCUAAAAUCAGGCGAAAAACGUUUGAGCUUUUCUUUUAUACACAUUACCUCUACAUUAUCUUUGUAUUGUUCUUCAUACUCCAUGUUGGCAUCGGUUACUCCUUCAUUAUGCUUCCUGGAUUUUACCUCUUCAUCAUUGAUCGUUUCCUGAGAUUCUUGCAAUCUCGAAGGAGUGUUCGUUUACUUUCUGCUCGAGUUUUACCCUGUGCUACUCUGGAACUCAAUUUCGCCAAAAGCACUGGUUUGAGCUAUAAUCCGACAAGUAUCACGUUCGUGAAUGUGCCUAGCAUUUCUAAGCUGCAAUGGCAUCCAUUUACAAUCAGUUCAAGUAGUAGAUUGGAGCCAGAUAAACUCAGUGUGAUCAUUAAAAGUGAAGGAAGCUGGUCGACCAAGCUCAACCAGAUGCUUUCGUCUUCUUCAAUUGAUCGUCUUGAUGUCUCUAUUGAAGGACCUUAUGGACCUGCAUCAAACCAUUUCCUAAGGCACGACACGCUUGUGAUGGUGAGUGGAGGAAGUGGAAUUACUCCUUUUAUAUCCAUAAUCAGAGAGCUCAUCUUCAGUAGCAAAACAUCUCAAAGCAAGACACCGAAUAUGAUCCUAAUUGCUGCUUUCAAGAGCUCUUCGGACCUCACUAUGCUAGACCUCCUCCUACCAAUGACCGGUUCUCCGUCUGAACUUUCUAAUCUGCAGCUUCAAAUCGAAGCUUAUGUAACAAGGGAGAAAGAACCAACAACUGAUAACUCAAAACGAAUUCGUUCCAUGUGGUUCAAGCCCCAUCAAACAGAUACACCUAUGGCUGCCAUUUUAGGCCCCAACAGCUGGCUCUGGCUUGGUGCCAUAAUAUCAUCUUCAUUCAUCAUUUUCCUUAUCUUAGUUGGGAUCAUCAGUCGCUUCUAUAUUUAUCCAAUUGAUCACAAUAAAAAUGAAUUCUCAACCUCUAAAAAGGCUGUGCUGAACCUUUUAGCUAUAUUUAUCUCCAUAGCCGCAACAGCUAGUGCGGCAGUUCUUUGGAACAAGAGAUGGUAUGCCAAGGAAGCAAAGCAGAUACAAAGCAUGGUAGGACAAACCCCAGAAACAGAAUUGGAAAGCCUCCCCCACCAGUCUCUUGCAGAAGCUACCAAAAUUCACUAUGGAGAGAGACCCGACAUAAAGAGAAUGCUAUUUGAAUGUAAAGGAUCGAGCAUUGGGGUACUCGUUUGCGGUCCAAAGAAAUUGGGGCAUGAUGUUGCAGCAAUCUGUUCAUCUGGUAUGGCAGAUAAUCUGCAUUUUGAGUCUAUCAGUUUCAGCUGGUGAACACUGCUUUGAAACCAAUUGUUGAAUAGCAUGCAGUGGCUGAAUGGUUUGUUUUAGGAAGAUUUGUGGUGUAUGUAUGGGUUUCUUUCUAGUUCGUAAAUUGCUUUCAUGCAAAUUUUCUUUCUGUAUAAUAGUAUGGUUGUCUUAAUUCUCUCAUCUUCACCUUGUCAAAUGCACCAAAAGGAAAAGUGGGUAACACAAUAUUAUAUGUUUACUCUGGUCCCUAAGGAAAAGGCCGAAUUACGGUAUCUGA